UGCUAUCUCGCAGACGCAGCGAGAUGAAGACGGUCCUGCUGCUCCUCCUGCUGCUGGCCGCGGCCACUGGCCCAGCCCGGGCCCUGCAGUGCCACGUGUGCACCAGCGCCAGCAACUGUGAGAGGCCGAAGAUGUGCCAGCCCUCCUCGCGCUACUGCAAGACCCAGCACAAGGUGGACGCCCUGAAGGGCAACCUGGUGGAGAAGAGCUGCGAGGACGCCUGCACGCCCGACACCCACCAGACCGGCCAGGUCAGCAGCGGCGCCUCGUACACCCACUGUUGCGAGACAGACCUGUGCAACCGGAGGCUGCCCAGCCGCGCACCCGCCGGCGCCCUGCCCCUCAGCGGCGCCCUGCCCCUGGCGCUGGCCCUGGGCCUCCUCGCGCUCCUCUGGGCCCCCGGCCUGUGAGCCCAGGAGAGGUCCUACUUCCCCGGCCCUCCCCGGCCCUCCCCAGCCGUGAUGGGGGCCCCUGGGCUGGCACAGCUUCCUCAGGAGCCUGGGCCAGGCCCCGUGGGCAGCCAGAGCCGGGGAGCCCCGCCCCUGUCUCUCCCAGGAUCCCAGGAGGGGAGAGCCCAGCUCCCUGGGCCGGGGAGGGUGGGGACGGGCACUCUGACCCCUGCCGCUUUCAUAUCCGUCCUGUUUGGUUUCCUUGUUUUUUUUUUUUAGUCGGAACUCCAGAGGAAUAAAUGAUUAAGAACCAGUGU